UGGAAAAGUCAUGCUACAAGGUGGUGGCACUUUUGGUACUUUUAUGUGCAUUGGGACAGCAAUCAGAUGUUAACAUGAUGUAUAAACCAUACAACUUUGAUAAUUUAUAGUCUAUAGGGUGUAUAGUCUAUAGGAGUUAAAAAUAAUUACAGAAAAUGACGACACAGCAAAAAAUGGCUUUUCAUAUGAUGAGAAAUCACAAUGUGAGACACCAAUUACACCAGAACGUUCAACAACGGAAAUUGCAAAACCAUCAAAACAACCAACAGCAGUUUCAGCAUCCACAACAACAACAGUUCACAAAGCAGGCUGUUGAUGUUGCGAAGGACACUGAAAAGUUACAAAAUGAUCAACAGAGGCUAACGACUUUGCACUCAAAACUUCAUAAGGAAGCAGAAAAGAUACGACAUUGGAAAUCUGAGAAAGAAAUGGAAAUCAAACAAAAAGAAAGGAGUUUAUCAGAUGCUGUCCAAACAAUAGAUUCACUAAGGAAGUCUAUUAUUGAACUUCAAUUUCAAAAUGAAGAGUUUAGUUCUAAAUUACACGAGAAAGAGAUCGAAAAAGAAGAAACAGAACAAAGAAUGCAUACAGUUAGAGAGAUGGCAAAUGUUUUAAGAGAUCAAAUGACACAGCUUGAAAACCGAAUUGCGAAAGGAGAACAAGAUAAGGAAGAAAUCAACCAAAUAAAUCAAAACAUAAUUGAACAAAAUCAAAACCUUGUUCUCAAGUUCCAAGAACUGGAUAUUGGUCAAGCGACGAUGAUCGAGAAGAAUUCAAAGCAAGUUCAAUUGCUACAUAGUAAACAUGAAACGGAGGUGAAAGACCUGCAAGCAAACAUUCGACACUUAGAAAACCAAGUGAUAACAUUAAUUGAAACCAAAACAGUACAGGAAAAAUCUAUCAAUGAAUACAUAGAACAGAUGAGAAAGAAUGAAGAACAAAUAGGCAACUUGCAGCAAGAGCUCUCCAAAGACAAAGAAAAGCUGCAGCAUGCUGAACAGGUAAUGUAUGCGCAGGAGCAAAAAUUGACCCAAGCUACUAAAAUUACAGACGAUGUGUCAAAACAACUGCAAAUAUGUAAUGAAAAAUUAAUUGAAACAGAUAACAAAUUAAAAGAAAUUAAAAAAGAAAAGGAAGCUCAUGAAAAACAUGCGAUAGAAGUUGAAAAUAUAUACUCAAAAGAAAUUAACUCUCUGCAAACAGAUAUUAAAGAUAUGUCAGUGAGUAUUCAGGAGAAAAUUAGCGAAGUGGAGAAGUUAAGUAUUGAAAAUGAAGAACAAAAAGAAAUCAUUGCAAAAAUGGAGACGGAUGAAUUGGAGCAAACAAAAACCAGUGAUGAAUUGAAAAUAAAGAUAACAAAGUUAGAAGAAGAUGCAAAACUCUAUGUCGAAAUAAAACAAGACUUAGCUAAAGAGGUCCAAGAGUCUUCCAGAAAAUUAACCGAAGCUGAAUCACAGAUAUCAGAAAUGAUAAAUGAAAACUCACUUCUUCAAAAAAAGAUGGAAGAGUUAUCAGAAGAAAUAAUAACUUUAAACAGAGAAAGGGAAUCUUUAUACGGACAAAUUGGCACUGGCAAUGAUGCAAUAAAAUCUAUACAAAAUCAGAUUCAAGAAAAAGAAGAAAUUAUCAAUGAAUACGCUACUAAAAUAGCUGAAUGUGAAAGUAAAUUGAAAGAAGCAGAAAAAAAUAUCGAUAUCCUUUCAAAAUCAAAUGAUGACCUUAAAAAAAUGCAGAAUGACGUAAAAGAAAAAAUCACAACCAAGGAUCAGGAAAUAAUGCUGUUAAAACAACUAAAUAAUGAUAAGGAGAAACAUUGCCAAGUAAAAGAUGAAAACCUAAACACUGCUCAAAAAGAAAUCGAUUGCCUCUCCUCUAAAAUAGCUGAAUACGAACGUGACAUGGCCCAGUUAAGUGCACAGGAGCAAGAGCAGGUUGAAACGAUGAAAUCCGAGUUAGCUGGACAAGAGAAAAAGGCUGAAGAUUUGGGAAAUAAAACGAAAUCUCUCCAAUCUCAAAUAGCUGUGAAAACAAAACAAAAUAAAAAUUUAGAAAGAGAAAAUAAAAAUUUAAAGAAUCAACAAAAGAAAACAGCUGAAAAGAACAACAAGUUAGAAGAGACCGUAAAAGUAUUAGAGGAAGAAAUCAAUAUGAGUAAAACAAAAAUAAGCGAGCUAUCUAAAGCACUAGAAUCAGCAAACCUGGAAAAUAAAUCAAAGGAAGCUGAAUUUGAUGUGGCACAACGCGAAUUCUGUGCAACGUUGGAGCAAUAUAAACUAGAGAACGAUAAGAUAGUUGAAGAACACGUGAAAGAGAAUAGGGAUUUAAAAACCCAUCUUGAAGAAAUAAAAUUGCGUUGCUCUAAUGAAAAUGACGUAUUGAGGCAGAACGUCCACCAAGCGAACCAGCUGAUUGAAAAUCAGAGAGUAAAAAUUUUAGAGUUAGAAGCAGGAAUUACUACAAUAUCAGUCAAGGAUCGUGCGAUAGCAGAGCUAGAAAAUACUAUCAAGGUAAUACAAGAUAAACUUGCUGUUGAAAAUGAAAAAAACAAAUCAAUAGAAGAGCAAUACAAUAAUUUGUUAGAAAAGAACAAAUCUAUGAAAAAUCAAUUAAGUGAUGACGAGAGACCUGCACAAGACAGAGUUGUACCAACGACGCCCAAACUUACCACAGAAGAAUCCAUUGCAGUCACACCGCAUAGCAUUUUAAGAACAAGUCAAUCUUACCGAGGAAAAAGAGUAUUGUUUACAGGUGUCGCUAAUGAACACAAAACGUCACCAAUGGAUAUUGAAAACACGGAUGAAACUCCAUGGAAACCUGUAACACCAUUAUUACCAAUGCAAAAAUCAGUGACAAAAGCAAAGAACAUUAGAUUUUCUCCGAAGCCAUCACCACUUGUUCUCCAACAAAUGGAAGAAGACGAACGUAGAGCACAUUCUCCAGGUCCGAAGAUAAAGAAGUUGAACAGGAUUUCAAGACGAACGGAUGAGAAACAACCAAACCAACCAAAAAGCAAAAAUGGCGAUGGGAAAUUUACAAAUGAAAAAAAUGCCUUCCUUAAUUCAGCGAAAAGAAAUAUAUACAAUUCGCCAAGAGCUGUUUUAGGCCGUACUAAAGAGUCACCACAUUCCUCGCUUCUAAAGAAUAAAAUGAAAAAGCUGAAAUCUAACAUUAAAAAAAACAAAGAUCAAAAUCUGUCAUGGUUCGAUGCUGAUAACAUUUUCGGUUUUGAUGGUUAGAAAAAAGAACUUGAUGGUCCUGGAAUGUUUACAUCUACAUUAAAACUUCACUAUUGUUUAUAUAAAGUUUCAAUUAUAAUGAAUUCUCUGUUAUAUCGGACAUAGAACCAUAGGUUUGUCUCUCAACAUAUACAGUGUACGGUUUCCCCGCUAUGUUUAAUUUCAGAAUAUUAAUCGCAAUAGUUUGAGUAAAGUUUUUCUUUAAAUUAUACAAGUUUAAAACCCUAUUAUUUUGUUGUGUUUGUGUUUAACGUUUGUGUAGUUGAAAUUGAAAUUAAUGUAAUUAAAUUGUACUAUAUCAUAAUAAUUAUGUUUAUACUGUUUAUAUUAAUAUCGUAUACAUACACUUGAGUUUAUAACUAAUAAAUUAAACAUUGAAAACAAA